AUGAAGAUUUCCCCCAUCAUUGCUCUAUUGGCUCUUGCCCCCGCUGUCCUUGCUGACCCCUGUGUAACAGAUGGAAUUGAUCGUGCUACAUGCGACCCUGCUGACGAUAAUGGAGGUUGUCUCACCAACCAUGGUUGCACGGCCAAUGAAGCAGCCAGAAUCGACUUUUCCCAAUUCGGCUCUUGGGAGGAACUUUUUUCCUUUGAUGGCAUGACUUUGCCCACCCUCGAGGACUUGAAUGCAUUCUACGAUGGAUUUUGCCAAUUGUGCGACGCAGCCUCCCUUCUCAACUUGGAUCAGCAGUUCUGCUUCCUUUGUACCUUGGAUCUUGAUGGAGACGGUGAUGCUGGAGAGACCGUCGGAGAUCUCAUUGGCGGAUUUGUGCCUGAUGUCAGCUGCUUCUCCGAAGUCUCCACCGUCCAAACCCCCCACGGCACCAUCACCAUGAAGAACCUUCAGGUCGGAGACCGUGUCCUUACUGCCAAUGGAGCUUUUGAACCUGUCUACGCCUGGGGUCACAAGCAUGCCACCCAAAAGGCUGAGUUCCUUCAGUUCAAUGGUGACUUGGAAAUGACUGGUGCCCACCUUGUCUUCCUUGAAGGCAAGACCAACCCCGUCCGUGCCGAUUCUGUCAAUGUGGGUGAUGUCCUUCAAGGUGCUACUGUCAAGUCCAUCAAGACUGUCAAGCGUCAAGGAGUCUACACACCCCUCACACCAAGUGGUACUGUUGUGGUCAAUGGCAUUGCUGCAUCUUCUUAUGUUUCUCUCCAAGAAAACGCCAAGGAAUAUGUUGCCAUGCAAGGAGGAUUUGCCAUCAUUUCGAUCCACGACUUUAUCCACAUGGCCAUGUCUCCCUUCCGCAUGUUCACCAUGGGAGUUUCUUCUAGCGUCAGCUACACGGAAGAGGGAGUCCCCACAUUCGCCGCUGCUGGCAUUGACCUUGCCCAAUGGGCCGACAACCAAAACAUUUUGGUUCAGGCAGUCUUGUUUGUUGUCUUUUUGGCUGUCACUGGAACCAGCAUGAUGUUGGAGAACACAUUUGGACCAUCCAUGGCUCCCCUUGCCGUGGCAGCCGGUGCUGGAGCAUAUGCCUUGAUGAAGCGCAACAACAUUAGCAUUCGUGCCCAAAAGAUCAAGUCUGUCUAA